UAAAUGGGUAAUGCUCUCUGUUCUCUCUAAUUGAAGAAGAAUGAAUAAAAGGGUUUCUUGGAGCUAAAUUCUUCGAUCCAUUCUAUACUAUACACGGAGCAAUUUAGUUCUAUGAAAUGGGGCCGUCGGUGGGGAUUCCAACAAGAAGCUGUGUUCCUCUAAUCGUAAAAAAUCAUAGAAGUAUGGGGCAGAAACUUAUUGGAGGGGUGUAAAUGUGGGUCUGAUGAUGAUAUUUGGUGAUUAGGAGAUGUGGCAGUGAAGUUUGCUAUGGCAGAAAGAUUCUGUUGGUAUAGGCCGUUUAGCAGGUGCCAGUUCUCCAAGGGCAAGGUGAUCUGUAGCUUCACUAUACUAUCAUCUUCAUCAUCAACUCCUCUGUCCAUACUUCGCCGUCCACCCCCAACCAGCAUGCAAUGGGAUUAUAUUGGUCUGUAGUGGGUUACAAAAACAAGAAAGAUGGUCAGAUGGCGCAGCUCUUGGUUAUGCAAUGAGUGGUGGAUUUGGGCGGUGCAUUAAAGAAACCAAAAAAUAAUCUGCCCUGCUCUUUAAUAACAUGCAUGCCAGAAUGCUCUACAGGCCAGGUGAUGAUGACAAUGGAGGUCUUGUGCAACUUGUUCCUUUUUUCUUUCUCAAUAAUCUUCUUGGUUUGUGCAUGGAGAGUGGUGAAUUGGGCAUGGCUUAGACCCAAGAGAUUGGAGAAAUGGCUCAGGGGACAGGAUCUCAAGGGUAAUGCCUAUACACUCUUCUAUGGGGACACCAAAGAGCUUGCCAAGAUGAUCAAUCAAACCAAAUCCAAACCCAUGAAAAUUCUGUCAGAUGAUCAAGUAGUUCCUAGAGCAAUACCUUACUUCUUUGAAUCCAUCCAGAAACACGGUAAAAAAUCCUUCGUAUGGCUGGGGACAGUUCCCAUGGUGAUCAUCACAGACCCUGAUCAUGUGAAAGAGGUUCUGUCUAAGCACAACACUUUCCAGAGGAAUCUUGCUGAUCCAGUAAUAGAUAAAUUGGCACAAGGGCUACUGAAAUAUGAGACAGAUAAAUGGAGUAAACACAGAAAAAUAGUCAACCCUGCCUUCCAAUUGGAGAAGUUAAAGCACAUGGUACCAGCUAUGAACAAGAUCUGUAGUGAAAUGGUGGGAAGAUGGGAGGAAAUUGUGUCGAGGAACGAAUCUGGCGAGCUGGAUGUGUGGCCUGAGCUUCAAACCAUGGCUGCUAAUGUGAUUUCUCUUACAGCAUUCGGCAUCAAUUAUGAAGACGGAAGAAGGGUGUUUGAACUUCAAAGUGAACAAGCUGAGCAUGCCAUGGAGCUUAGGCAUUCAGUUUAUGUCCCUGGAGGGAGAUUUUUGCCAACAAAGAGGAACAGGAGAAUGAAUGAAAUUGAUAAGGAAAUCAAUGCAGUAGUCAGAAGGAUCGUCGAGAAAAGGAUCGAGGCAGUGAAAGAGGGGGAGGCAAAUAACAAUGAUUUAUUGGACAUGUUACUGGAUUCAAACUUCAAAGAAAUCAAGCACCAUGGAAACCAGGCAUUUGGAAUGACCAUUGAAGAGAUCAUUUCAGAGUGCAAGCUGUUUUACCUGGCUGGCCAGGAGACUAGUUCAGCUUUACUUGUGUGGACAAUGGUUCUGCUAAGUAGAAACCAAGAGUGGCAAGAACGAGCUCGAGAGGAGGUUGUGCAUGUCUUUGGGGACGACGAACCAGAUUUUGAUGGACUAAAUCGCCUGAAAAUUGUGACCAUGAUUCUGCACGAGUCUUUGAGGCUAUACCCGCCAGUGGCAACACUAAUCCGAAUAGUCAAGGAAGAGGCUAAACUAGGAAACCUGUCUCUGCCAGCAGGGGUGCUGCUCCUAGUACCAACAAUAUUGCUGCACCACGACCCCGAAAUGUGGGGUGAAGAUGCAAAUGAGUUCAAGCCGGAGAGAUUCAGGGAAGGGGUAUCCAAGGCAACAAAUGGUCAAGCCUGUUUUCUACCCUUCGGCGGGGGGCCUAGAAUCUGCAUUGGCCUAAACUUCACAAUGGUUGAAGCAAAAAUAGCACUGUCUUGCAUCCUGCGACGUUUCUCCUUCAAGCUCUCUCCAUCCUAUGCACAUGCUCCUUACAUGCUUCUCACUAUAAAGCCUCUGUAUGGUGCCCCUCUUAUUCUGCACAAGCUUUAAUUUCAGCAUUGCCAGCAAGCAGCAUCUCUAUGUUCUACUGCAUUUAUUUAUGAGCUAGCUCUGUGUGUUACUUUUGAGAUUGAAUGGCAGUGCUUGUAUCAUAUAAAAUAUAUCAAAUAAUAAAUGAGUACCCUCAUUUAACUGCUUAAAUUUUUAAUUGUGGGUUUAUUAUUCA